UUUCACUCUUUUCGUUAUUCUAAUCACUUAAAAAGGUAAAGUUGUGUUGCCUUCUUAAAUGUAGCUCACCGUAAAGUCGACUUGUGCCCGUCGCUUCGCUCCCAUUUUAUACACGUACGAGUUAAGAGCAUGCAGAGAACCCCCAAAUCGCCCACACACAUAUCCAUACACAAGUACUCCCAUAUGUACGUGUAUGCAUAUGUAUGUAUGUACUAUGUGCUGAGUGCAUCCGCACAAAUGGCCUGCUAGUUAGUUUGCCUGCACGAUUAGCCGGGUUGUUAAUAACGUUGGCUUUGAGAGCUCCACAGUUUGCGGUAACUAUUCCAAGCGUUUGGUGUUUGCUUAGCGGAAGUCGUGCGUCAAGGUAAAGAAAAAAUAUUCGGCAAGUGCAACUAGUUUUGGAAAUGGCUGUUUGCAACGAGUAAUAAAAAAUAAAGAAAAUAAUGAACGUGUCGUAACCAAAGUGACUUGGCAAUAAAAUAGUAAUUAAAUGAUGAAAAACUAAAUUUUAACGAAUAAAAGGUGUUGUGCAGAGUUGAAUACAUAAUUGUACAGAAAUGUCAAACACAAACUUGCUCGACGCUCAAAUAAUAAAGUGCUGCUGAUCUAAACAGGUCUCCAGUAUUUUUCUUGGCGGAUAAACACGAGUGUGUUUUGUGACGUAAAAAAUUAUAAUUAAAAUAAAACUUUAUAAGCAACCAGUUUGCCAAAAUAUACAGUGCAAUCAAACAUAUAGCUUAUUUUUGCAGUGAAAAAAAAACACAGAAAUCUCGCAAGUGUAUACAAAUCUGUUGAACGCAUAUAACGCCCCCAAAAAGUUGAUGUCAUUGAAUGUCUAAAUUUUUGUGUGUAAUUUACUAUUUACUAACUAAGUGCACAGCCGAGUGAGCUAAUUGAGUGAAAAUAUAUAAUUUACUUGUGUAAGCGCAUAUCCAAAUAAGAGCAUCAAAAUUUAAAGAUCUCCAAGCGAAAGAGUGCACUGAAAAUACCUAGUGUGAGUUAAAAAUUCUCAAACGCAUCCGAUAUUUUGUUAUUUGUGCAGUGUUGUAUAUCAAGUUUUGUGUCUACAUACUUUUGUUUUUGUUUCACAUUCAACAAGAACUCGUUUCUGUUGGUUAACAAUCGUCACUCGCGGAUUUUCGUUUACCUGGGCAAUUGUCGGUCAAAUAAGCGGUCAAAAGGCAAAGUAAUAACUACCAAGAUAUUCUUGUUGGAUUCGGAGUUGAUUUCGUUGGAUAAGGCUGUGUGUAGAAAAUCGGCAAAAUCAACGCAGCAGCUUAAAUAUACAUACAUAGUUGAAGUUGAAAACGCGUAAACUGCGCGCGCGACAAAACAUAAAAUCAACAAACAGCAAACGAGAAUGGCACCAAUGCCCAGCAUGAAAGGCGUCAAGCCCAAUACAAACUUCCUCUAUGCCGAGGCUGAUUCACCGGGCGAUACAAGUCCAACGCCCUCAACGCCGCCCUCCAGCACAGCAGAUGCCGCCAAAUCACAAUGUUCCUCACUCUCGGACGGUGAAUCAUAUGAGGGCUAUGGCGAAAACGAAGUGCGCGGCCAGCACCAUCAUCAACGCACUGCCUCUAGUGCAUCGGCCGGCUUGUUACGCAACGAUGUUGCCAACAAUAAUGGCAGUAGCAGCAGUACGGUCGCCGGUGGCAGUAGCGUUGGCGGUGUGGAAUUAGAGCUGGCGCCACAUGACAACGCUACUACGACGCCAAACAACGAUGACGAGUUGAGCAUCAUUCCACGCGACAAUUGGGCACGCAUGAGUCUACGGCGCACCACCACCUCAUCUAGCAAUCCUGACAGUCUAACGAAUCGUCGUUGGGGUUCUAUGAGACAUUCCGGUCGUCGGCAAUUGGGCUCAAAUGCCUUAGCCAGUCAACUUUACAGAUCCUCAAGUUUUAAUUCCUCUGGACGCAGUUCUAAUUGUGAUACCACAGAAGACAUGUAUAGCGACAUAAGUUUGGAUAAUGUGCAGGAUUUGAAUUAUAAGCUGGAACUGCUACAGCGUCAAGUCACUGAUUUAGCUGACACACAGAAUAUCGCCGAAGAUCGCACGACACGCACAAAGACAGAAUAUGCUGUGCUACAGACGCGCUAUCACAUGCUCGAGGAGCAAUAUCGGGAGUCCGAACUCCGUGCUGAAGAACGCCUGGCCGAGGAACAGAAACGUUACCGUGAACUGCUGGCCCGAGUCGAACGGGAAGCGGCACUCCAAAAUGAAAAUUGCCAAAUAAAAGUCAAAACAAUUGAAUUAGAAGCCAAUGCGUUACGUGAAGAGGCACAACGUCUGCGUGUACUCUGCGACAAACAAGCCAACGAUCUGCAUCGCACCGAAGAAAAAUAUGAAUUGGCGCGCGAUCAAAUUGCCGCACUCCAACAGGAUCUCGAUGAGGCGACGCAACGUGAACGUAAAUAUGAAGAUGAGAAGAAAGCAGCCGAAGAGCUGAUGCUAGAGUUGAGUAAAGAAUUGGAACGAUUACGCGCAGAAACUGGACCAGCGCUGCCGACCACCUCACCGGAGACAAUAAGACUGGAGGAGCUGCAUAAAGAGCUGGAGGAGAUGCGGCAAAGAAAUAAAGCAAUGGAGGAACAAAAUGAAGAGCUGCAGGCGCAAGUGCUGACGCGCGGCGUGGAAGAGGGCCGCAAUCUGCUCAAUGGCACGCUAAAUAGCUUGGCGCAAGAGCUAGAGGAAAUGUCACAAGCACAGGAUUCUGUGGAUUCAGCCACAUUAGCAUCUCUAAGUCAGUUGCAACAGGCCUUUCAAGAGAAGGAAGAUGAGAACACCCGCCUAAAGCAUUAUAUCGAUACAAUAUUAUUGAAUAUCGUAGAAAAUUAUCCACAGCUGUUGGAAGUGAAACCGGUGGCGAAGUAAAGCGCCAAGGAGCGGACAGCCAGAAGUCCAGCGAAGACCGUUGGCUAUGAAAAGGCAGAAAACAAGAGACAGAGCAAAUAAAAAAGGAAUUAUGUAAUAAAAAAUACAUUUGCAGCACAACAGCAAAGGAAACAGCUGAUAUUUGUAAUUUAGAAAUUAAAAAAGAGACAGCACUGCAACAAACAAACAAAGGGAUCUAUUAUACAAGUACAAGUACAAAACGGAUACGAGACUUGUGUUGUCAAUAUGAGCAACCUGGCAAUGCGGUGAUAUCUUAAAAUGCUACAUUGGCAAUGUAACGUAUUUUCUUGGGGAGAUUUACAAAAGAUGUAAUUCAAAAAGUAUCUCAAAACUGCUGUUGUUUGAAUAAAAUAAACCUGUUUUCAGAGGUUACUGCAAACUGAGUAUUGGCAACGUACAUAUCGCGCACCGUCUUCAAAAGAGUCUCAACUCAAAAUUUGGCAUUUUUGAAAUUAUGUGCUAAUAAUGUACA